UUUUGAUACUCUGACGUUUUGUAACGUUUUUAUAAAUUAUUUAGAACAUUCCUUUUUCUUCUCACGAAUCCCCAUCGAUUUUCCCCGGGGAGGGAAAAAAUGCAGUGUGUGGGAAAUAAAUACUAUUGCACAAACAUAAUCAAUGAGGAGAGGUUUUGGAUGCCUCUUUGUUAUUUUCAUUAAAAGAAAAUAGAAAUUACUAAAAGAAAACUUUCCAAAUGUUAUUUACAAAAAUUAUGAAAUUUCGAAUUUUGGAAUUAAUUAAUGAAAAUUAUGAUGAUAUACAUCCAGCAACACGUUCUGUGGAAGCAAAUAAACGGGUAACGGCAGCUUGGGAACGUGUAACUACUGCUAUGAAUAAUGAAUUUCCGGACAAUAUUGUGUCGACUAAACAAAUUAAAGAAUGCUUUAAAUAUCUCAAAAAAAUUUCUAGAGACCAAACUUCGAAAGUUUGCUAUGAUGAUGAACAAAAUGUGGUGAAGAAAGAAAAGUAUGAAAAUUUUAAUGAGGGAAAUGAUAAUAAAUUUAGUGAUGACACAAGUACAGCCUCUAGCAAAUCACCUCCAAUAGUUGGUGGAAUGCUCGAAAGUUUUCUUUGUGGAUUACCUGGAGUGAUUUCAAAUAUUAAUGAUGACACUUUGGAAUUUAAUAAAAGCCAAAAUAAUUUUUGUAUUUCUCCAAACAAUUGCUCAACUACGCAAAUUGAUUUAAAUGAAAAUUCAAAUCAAUCUUCAACUUCUAGAAAACGACCAAAUAAUAUAUUAAAUUCAAAUACUCCAAAAAAAUCAAAAUUAGACGAUUCUGAGGAAACUGAUAAUAAUUUACUGGAUUUACAAGAAUCUUUAUUAGAAGCUAAAUUGGAAUUAACAAAGAAAAAGAUUGAAACUUUGGAGAAAAUAAAUAAAUUUUAUGAAAAUGGACAAUUAUUUUUUAAAGCGGGAAUUAAAUUUUUUGAAAAUAAAUAA